AUGACUACCCUCUUUGCCCAGAACCCAAUCACCCUCCGCAACCCCUUCUCGUUGCUCGAGUCGGACUUCAACCUUGAGGACCCUUUCUCCACCACCACCACCACCAUCUCUGCCAUCACCCCAUCUAAUACCGCCGAAUCAGACCUGGACCUCUCCACCUGGUCCGUCGUCAAUUCUCCUUCUGCAAGUGACGAUGAGGACAGCGACAAUGACGAUAAUGACGAUGACGAAAUCUAUCAUUGGCAAACCUCCAACUCUGACCGCGACAGCGCCGGCAGUCCAGACAUCGACGUCCAAGCCCUCGAGCCCCUCCACCUGUCGACCGGCAAGGACGGAUUCACCAACAUCAGCAAGGCCAAGACCGCCCGCAGCAUCAACAGUCUCGCAGCCUCCUGUCCUGAACAUCGGGGUGCUUGGGUCCUCAAGAUGAAUAAGAAGCGUCGUAACAAGUCCCAGGAGCCGCAGCAGCAGCAGCAGCAGGAGUCAACAGAAACAGAAACAGAGACAGCAACCAUUUCCACACAGACCCACGAGAAGAGACGACUGAGCCUCACUAGUACCGACGCCUCGCCUUCCUCCGAGACCCAGACCAAGUACAAAUCCACUCGCGUGGAAACCGACGACCUCGACGAUACUCUCUACAUGGACAUGACGGAGCACGAGCUCUCGAAAUCCUCAAAGGCCUCCAAGAUCAAGAACAACCGUAUCGCAACCUCCCAUGAGCGUGAGCUCGCAAAGGACCUCCGGUGCUUCUCCGAGGAGACCGACAAGGUCGACAAGAAGCUCCUUCGCAGCCAUCAUUAUUGCAAGACAGUUGGCUCCAGGAAGAGCAACAAGAAGGCCUUCUUCGACGAGCUUUAA